UGUAUUGGAGCAAAAAGCUUCUCAUUGUCUUAUCUUCCAAGCUUCCUGCAAGUCACCCGAUAAAAUGAGACGAAUGCGGGGUCAUGUGUCUAGCCGUGCCGCGUUCUUGGAGUCAGAGACAGCUUGGUGAUACUGGUGUACCAUUGUAAGUCUUAUAUGCUUUAUCAGAAUGCGAUUGAUAAAACAAAAAACGAUGAAUACACAUAUGAAGAAUCAUCAUGAACAUGCAACAUGUCUGUCAAGCAAGGGACGGACCUACUAACCCCAGUCAAUGACUUUUACAUUCGCAAUGGACUUGAUCAAGAAGAUAAACUUAUAUGUCAUGGAUUCGUUAGAAAUGCCUUUCCAGGGAAGAAUAUCGAGGAGCCUGCUUGUCAAGGGUAUUGUUCACUGACCUUUUUCGUGGGAGAUGAUAUCAUUGUUCAAUUCCGUCCUUCUCAAUAUAAAUUGAACCUCCUAAUAACUCAUGCUGCACGACAAAUUUACGGCACGUUUUGCCCUCGAACUACUUAUGUGACUACUCUGGCGAAGUCAGGGUUGUUAGUAUAUUCUAUGAAUCGAUUAUCGGGUGUUUCAUACAGAGAUUUUCGAGCAAGCAAUACAGCUUUGGCUAACAGUACCACGGCUCGAGCAACCCUGUGUAAAGACCUUGCGGGUUUUUUGGCGAUAGGAUGGCACAGGAGGGAUUUCAUAUCUCUUCCCUUUGGUAUUGUGGGAUCAUCGUUGACAUGCCGUCUUCAAUUGCUAUGUAGAAAUUUACCUUCGCGAUUCCAGCCCACUGCAAACAGAAUUCUCAAAAAUAUACAACAUAUCGAAAGUCUUCCAUGGAUCCUCAGUCAUGGCGAUAUACUCCCCAGCAAUAUGAUAAUCAAUCCCCUUACGCAACACCUGGUUGGACUUGUCGACUGGGCAGAAGCAGAACCUCUACCAUUUGGAACCUGCUUCUACGGACUUGAAGAAAUCCUCGGUGAAAUUACCCCGAUUGGUUUUCACUACCAUUCCGAUGCAACAGAUCUGCGAGAGGUUUUCUGGACCGAACUAACCAUUCGAAUUCCAGAAUUAAAAAGCGAUAGUUUGAUGAAAAGAGUGAGACUUGCGAGGGACUUGGGCGUCCUACUCUGGCAUGGUAUUGCCUGGGACGAUGGGGCUAUAAAUCGGGUUGUUGUGGAUGGAAGGAAGGAUGAUGUAGAUGAGAUACGAAGACUAGAUGCCUUUCUGGAUGCUGCUGGUGAUGCUGAUCUCACCAUUAAAGCUACAACGGGCCCGGAGAAUCCGUCAAAACUCUGAGAGGAAGGUCUUCGAGACAGAAAAGCAGCUUGAUCUCUGACAAAGGUCUUUCAUAUAGCGACUUGCAGCUUUUACACAUCCGAUCCUUUCGUCCAAACUUGCUGAGAGAGUUUGGGUGGAUAGCUCUACUCUCGUCUCAUCGAAUCCCUCUCUCCUCCAAAGAAAUCGAACAACAACCACUCAUUACAUUACCCCAUGACCCCAGAACCAUUCCAACACUAACACCAACAUCCCAUCCGUCAUCUCCUCCCGUACUUCACUCCAACGAUAAAACCAUCGGUAUUCAAAAUCCCUCCUUAACCCCCUCAUCUUCUCUCUUCCUCUAGCCUUUCCACUGCAUCACAUCGACCCAUGCAAUUAAAACAACAUCUUUCUACCACCCUACAACCUACCAUCAUAUUAUCCCUUCCAACUUUCAACCCUGUCUAGCAUUUCCCCGUAUACUAGAAUUUUUGCAUUGAGAUUCCACUAUCUUUUAGAGAUAGACAUAUAUCCUUUGUUUUCUUUUUCUCUUUACAGUUGAGAUAUUUCCUUUUAUUAUGAUUUUAUUGGCUUAUCCCGAUUU